UCUGUAUUGAGAAACAGAGAGAGAUGAGAACAGAGCAAGUACAGAAGAUCAAAGUGGUGGUAAGGGAAUACGACGCGGAUAAAGACCUCGCCGGAGCUGAGGCAGUGGAGAGGUCGUGCGAGGUUAGUCAGAGUGGCGCAGUCUCCAUCUUCACCGACCUCCUCGGUGACCCCGCUUGCCGAGUCCGCCAUUCCCCUGCCUUCCUUAUGCUGGUUGCUGAAACUGUCGGGCCGAAGAAAGAGAUAGUGGGGCUCAUUCGAGGCUGCGUGAAAACCAUCACUUGUGGCAAGAGAUCACCCCGUCCCUCCGCCACCGCAGCCGCCGCCGUCCCAAUAUACACCAAAGCUGCUUACAUCGUCGGCCUCCGCGUCUCCCCUUGCCACCGUCGCAAGGGAGUCGGGUUGCAGCUCGUGGAACAAAUGGAGGAGUGGUUCCGUUCCAGUGGCGCCGAGUAUGCGUACAUGGCGACCGACAAAGACAACGAGGCCUCUCUCCGCCUCUUCACUGGCCGCUGCGGCUACACCAAGUUCCGCACGCCAAGUUUACUCGUACAACCGGUCUUCGCAGGCCACCGCCUCCCCCUCCGCCGAGCCGUCACACUCGUCCGCCUCUCCCCAGCAAACGCCGAAAUCCUCUACCGGCGCCGCUUCUCAACAGUCGAAUUCUUCCCCCGCGACAUCGACGCCGUCCUCCGCAACCCUCUUUCCCUCGGAACCUUCCUCGCUCUCCCUGCCGGCUCCGGUUGGACCAACAUCCACAGCUUCAUCGCUGACCCACCCGAGUCAUGGGCGGUUCUAAGCGUCUGGGACUCGCAAUCCCUGUUCCGCUUCGAGGUCCGCGGCGUUUCGUUACUGCGGCGCGGGCUCGCAUGGACCACACGCGUUGUAGACCGCGCCGUUCCCUGGCUUCGCAUUCCAUCCUUCCCCAACAUCUUUCGGCCAUUCGGAGGAUAUUUUUUGUACGGUCUCGGUGGCGAGGGGCCUUCGACGGCGGCCCUUAUGCGCGUGCUCUGCCGCCACGCGCACAAUAUGGCACGUGCCGGCGGUUGCGGGAUUGUUGCGACGGAGGUGACGGCGUGCGAGGCGUUUAUGCCGGGAAUACCGUAUUGGCAGAAGUUAUCCAUUGAGGAGGAUCUCUGGUGCAUCAAGCGCUUGGCUGAGGAUUAUAGUGACGGUGCUGUCGGCGACUGGACCCGGUCGGCGCCGGGCAAUUCUAUUUUCGUCGACCCCCGAGAGGUCUGAUUGGACCGAACUACUUCUCUUCGACUCAGGUGGACCGAACCGCCGCUUUAGUGUCCCUUCCUUGUAAUAUAAUUUUGUUUUAUCUGUAUAAAGCUCCUUUUAUUUCAAA